AUGGCUUCGACAACAUUCUCCCCAGUAAAUACAAACCUCGCCUCCGAUCCCCACGGUCGCAACGGAGAAGAAGCAAAUCCUUUAACCCCACGUCCGAGCACCGCACCGAGCUCACAACUCCACCCUCAAAUGCCUCGAGACGACGCAAGAACUCCAACCAGGGCAACCUUCGGUCUGGAUAACCAACGACCCCUUCCUCCUGCCUCUUCUCCCUUCGUACCUCCUACGCCAUCAUCUUCGAAUGAGGAGCAAUCACAACAAACGGGCUUGACCCGUGGUGACUCGCAGCAUUCGACCAAAUCUGGAGACUCCGCAGAUGUAGAUAUGGAUUCAGAGGAUAAUGGCGAGGAAGGAUCUGAAGACGACGCAAGCGUGAAUGCAGAUGGAACCAGGUCUACGAAAAAGAAGGGGAAAUCCCAAAGAUUCUAUUGCUUGGACUACCCACCAUGUAAUCUAAGCUUCACACGAAGUGAGCAUCUUGCUCGACAUAUAAGAAAACACACCGGUGAACGCCCAUUUCAAUGUCACUGCUCUCGCCGAUUUUCUCGACUCGACAAUCUCCGACAACAUGCCCAAACCGUCCACCAGAACGAAGAUAUCCCACCAGAAUCACUGGCUGCCACUGGAACUCGAUUCCAGAGACAAGUUCGCACGGAUAGGGUCAGACCAGCGGGUAGGUCAAGGGCAUCAACAGCAUCAAGUCAGGGCAGUCAAGGUCGUGGCCACCAACGGAACUCUCUGUCUCUUUCCAGUAUGACCAGCAUUGGCUCGGCUGGGUCGAUUUAUCCAAACCGAGAUGAUGUGAGGAGACGCCCGCCACCACUUGUUAUGGCAGAUGGCCGAAAUAGGUUCUCGCAGGAAAUAUACCGACCAGACAGCCCGUCGAGUGGGUACUAUCGACAAGAUUCCUAUCGCCCACAGUCUCCCGGCUUCAGCACUCCCACUUCUGCGACUUUCUCAACCGGUCAGAACAGCCCUCAUUGGGCAUCCGGAAUGCAAUCACCAGGCUCCACACAUUCUCGUACCGCGAGCUUAUACUCUGGUCAUCGAACUCCUGGUAGAAGACUCUCUGUACCAUCCGCAGGUAACCCAUUUCAGUCACCUCAUGGUAACAACUUCGGCCCAUCUACUCUUGGUCUGAACUCGUCCAACGCUGGAGCAUUCUCACCAUCAACAAGUAUGAUUUCAAGUCCUACUACCUCGACGAGUGGCUGGUCUCGACGGGAAUCUAUCAAUUCUGUAGAUUAUGAGAACAGGCGCAGAACAUGGCAUCCAGAAACGCGGCCAGGUAUGGAACACUUCACGAGCCGUCUACAAAACGUCACUACUCCUAGUCACUAUGCUACUGGACCUGGUCCUCUACCUCAACCUCCCAUUGUUCCUAGCCAGCCUAUGCGUCUUCCAGGAAUUGAGAGUUUCGAUCCAGUUCCAAGGCCGACUACUCCUGUCCAGCGACAACCAAGUCCGAUGAUGAUUGAUACGCCCAGUCGUCCCCCAAUGAACUACGAUCGAGAGCGACCAAUCAGUCAGCAUUGGGAGCAGGGUAUCAAUCGAAACAUGAAUCGUCUUGAUAUCACUCAGGGUACGCCUCCAACGGAUGCAGCAAGCCAGUGGGCAAACGACGCCAAUAGAGCAGUUCAAUCGGCUCGUGAACAGGUUCGACAACAACCAGCAGUUCGAUUUGAAGAAUCGUCGUAUUCAGCCAGGCCGCAGACCAGCAGUGGAUAUCCUCAACACCAACAUCAUGUCAGUGCUCCAGUUGCUCCAGUGACUCCACGGGAAUCCAAGCGUCAAGGCUGGUAUCAUGGUCCUCCUAACACACAACAGAAUUUGCAACAACCAGUCCAGAGAACUUCUCCGGCAGAGUCGAGCGGUUCCGAAGGUGGAAUUCCCGGAACACCCAGCAGCUCAAUGGGCGAGUACAAUCCUAGCAUAGUUCACGCGAAUGGUUGGGUGGAGAAUCGAAAUGGUCUUCAACAACACGAUCCAAGAAAUGGUCCAACGAAUGGAUACACGAACUAUCCCCCUCAGAACGGUGCAGAAGCAGCGUAUACGUAUGGACCUGGCGCCCAUCAGAAUCAGGUACAACAGAACGACCAGGUUCCAAAAUCGAACAGCAACAUGAACAGAUUAGAAGCGCUUGUAGCUGUCGCUACCGCUGCAGAUGCUAAGGAGGUAACGGCGGCCUAUUAG